UUCCCGACCCAUUUUUCUCGGGAAAAAUUUAAGAAAACAGCGUUAAGUAACUUAAAAAAAAAAAAAGGGAGGGAGAGAGAGAGCUUGAGGGAAAUUCGAGUAUGAAUCUGAGGAAAGUAUGGGGAUCGGUGUGGAAACGAUCGAAUCGUUGUAAAGAUUGGAGGAAGGCGAUCCAGGCUCCUAAGUCGUCUUCAAUCACUAUAAUCAGCGUAUUCGAUCAGCUACCGAUGGAUAUAGUAGUGGAGAUACUGAUGCGGAUGGAGGCAAGAGACGCGUUGAAAUUGAGCUUAACGUGCAAAGCCUUGAAACGUUUAGCCGGCGGCAAUCGUGUGUGGAUAUUCUAUCUCCAGUGUUUGCACGAGGAGGAGUCAUGGGACUCAAUUCUCUUCGCCGAAACUAGUUUGCGUUCUGGUUAUCCUCUCCGCCGAAUGGUUUCUAGUGAACCAGAGGAGUUCUCGUUCAUGAGUGUUUAUGGUCAAAGAGCUCAAGUUCCUGACUCUAUCAUUAUUGAUGGUGGUUCUGGAUUUUGCAAGUUCGGCAGGAGCAAGAAUGAUUCACCUUCUGGACGUUAUGUUACUUUUGCGGAAUUUGGCAACAUUGAGUCACCCAUAUACGCUAGGCUUCAACACUUCUUCGUAACCAUUUUCAACAGGAUGCAGGUUAAGCCAUCUAUGCAGCCAGUAGUGGUUUCACUUCCCCUCUGCCAUCAGGAUGAUACUGAAUCGGCAAAGGCAUCCAGGCGGCAACUUAAGACUGCUAUCCUUAAUGUCUUGUUUGAUAUGAAUGUUCCUGCAGUGUGUGCAGUUAAUCAGGCUGUUUUAGCUCUAUAUGCUGCACAGCAGACAUCUGGAAUUGUUGUUAACAUUGGUUUCCAAGUCAUAACCAUUGUCCCAAUUUUGCAUGGGAAGGUGAUGCGGCAGGUGGGUGUAGAAGUCAUUGGUUUUGGAGCAUCGAAACUCACGGGCUUUCUUAAAGAGAAGAUGCAAGAGAAAAACAUUACCCUAUCGCUCCUCUCUGUUCAAACUCUAAAAGAGUGUUAUGUGGCUCUCGAUUAUGAAGCUGAACUCUCAAGAGACGCACAAGAAAGUGCGGCUACUUUGUCAAAGGAGCGUUUUCAAAUUGGGGAGAUACUAUUCCAACCACGUCUUGCUGGAAUGCGGGCAAUGGGGUUGCAACAGGGAGUCGCGCUCUGUAUGGACCACUGUGAUGCAGCAGGAAUUACGACAGGUGAUGGUAGCUGGUUCAAGACUGUAGUAUUGGCUGGAGGAAGCGCAUCUUUGCCAGGGCUUGCAGAAAGACUAGCGAAAGAACUGCAUGACUAUCUUCCUUCAUCUAUAUGCAACGGAGUCAGAGUAAUCCCUCCUCCUUGUGGCGUGGACACAGCGUGGCAUGGGGCAAAGCUUAUCAGUAACUUAAGCACGUUUCCUGGUCCGUGGUGCAUCACAAGGAAGCAGUUGCCUCGCAAGUCAAGACUAAUGUGGUGAAUCUCUUAGUUUUCUUACUUCGUUUACCUUUGCAAAGACUGCGCUAUUUGGUUAGAGAGAGAGAGAGAGAGGGACAGAUUACAGCUACCUGCAAAUAGUUAUAAGCAUCUUUUCAUAAGUAUAGUGAUAGUGUCCGUUAUUGAUUGCACAAAAGUCUGCUGUAAAUAUGUAAGUUGUUACCUUUACAUAGAUAUGCUGCAUGUAAAAGAGCUUACUUCUCUCAACCUCUAGUUGAUUUAUAUACACUACUAGUCGUCUCAGUA